UGUUCCAUCGUGCCAGAAGAAGCAGCUUUGACAGAGGAGGAUACAGGUUGUCAGAUAUCGGAGGAUACGACCCUGAGCACAAGCCAGGCCGGACAAGCUAUCCCCGGGCGUGGAGGAAGAGGAGCAGGGCGAGGCUAGAAUCGUGGCGGCUGUGGAAGUGGGACAGAUGGCCUUUUACCUAUCCAACUGACAGGACAUUAUGCAACAAAUGUGGAUGCAAAAGAUUGAAGAUGGACGAGGCAGAGAAGUACCAACAGAGACUGCAGGCGAUCACUGAGAAGCGUCGUCUGCAGGAGGAACAGGAGAGGGCCAAGAGGGAGAUGGAGGAGGAGCGGCUGAGGCUACAGCAGCUCAAGAGGAAGUCUCUUAGAGACCAGUGGCUGAUGGACGGCCCCUCUUCCCCCACAUCCUCAGAGCCUCGUUCCCCGCUGUGGGGCUCCCAGGCCCAGGAGAUGGAGCAACACAUAGACAAGUUGCAGACAGAGAGUCAACGGUUAACGGAGGAGGAGGAGAAACUGGAGCAGCAGAUGGAAGAUGGCCGAGCUAAUGCAGCGGUGGUGGUGGAGGCUACAGCAGAAGCAGACCAAGCAGUUAUCUUGGAGAAUGGACAGGAAGAAGUAGAGGCUGAAUCCGUUUUAGGAACAGUUGAGGCAGCACUAUUGGAACGAACUGAGAUCCUCACCAAUGGGAGAGGAGAGGGGGAGGGGCAAGCUGCUACCCACAAUGCAUCAGAGGAGGGCGGACUGCACAACGGGACCAACGGUCCAGUGACAGUCGUCCCUGAAGAUGGUGCCAUAACCAUGACGUUCCUGGGGUUCACGGAGGCGGAGCCAGGCGAGGCUCCGGUAAUCGAGGAAGGAGGACUGAUCAUGAUGCGAGCGGAGCGAGUGAUUAUCAAUGACGAGGGAGACGAGCUGGCAAAUGAUCUUUCCUCUAUGGGUCAGGAACAGGAAGUAGACUCGGCCGCGUCCAAUCAGAGGUCAGAAUCUCCUGAGGAAGGAGGAAUUGAGAAGGCGAAACCAGAGACAACUCCUGAAGAGUCCUCAGAAGUAGCAAAAGAGACUGAGACAGAGGCAGACACAGUAACUGGAGGUUUAGGAGAAGGACAGAUGGACAUAGUAACUGGAGGUUUAGGAGAAGGACAGAUGGACACAGUAAUAGGAGAUUUAGGAGAAGGACAGAUGGACACAGUAACUGGAGAUUUAGGAGAAGGACAGAUGGACAUAGUAAUAGGAGAUUUAGGAGAAGGACAGAGGGACAUAGUAACUAGAGAUUUAGGAGAAGGACAGAUGGACACAGUAAUAGGAGAUUUAGGAGAAGGACAGAUGGACAUAGUAACUAGAGAUUUAGGAGAAGGACAGAUGGACACAGUAAUAGGAGAUUUAGGAGGACAGAUGGAGGGUGUGGGAAACAGUGGUGGAGAAGAAGAGGCACAGCCAGUAGAGGAAGCUCCUUUGUCUGACUUGCAGGCCCCAGAUGGCAUUGUGGCUGCCGUUCCCGUCUACUCUGAGACCUUACUCACCCCCAGGCCCGACGCAGAGGGAGAGGCUGCAGGCGAGCCGGCAGAGGGCGAUGUGGAAGUGAAGACUGAAGUGGAAGUCGAGGGGGAAGAGGAGGCCUCGGUGGCCCCAGAAUCAGCCAUCCUCCCUGGGGGCCAGUUCCUGGAGGUGUCCCUAGUGGAGCCCCGGACUGAGCCAGAGCAGGAGCCCCUGCUGUUCCCAUCCAAGGCCCAGACCCUGGCCUUGGGGGAGCAGGCUCCAGCCGCCCCAGAGACACUGACCGCUACCAGGGGAGAGGCGGAGGGAGGGGUCGAUGUGGCUCCCAAACGCAAGACCUGCCAGUGCUGCUCUGUCAUGUGAUCAAUCAUUUCAUUCGCUCUCUAUCUCUACCAAAUUCUCCAAUGCUUUCUCUGUCUAAUACUACAAGAGGGACUUGAGUCUGCCUCUAACACUGUGAAUGAUGGGGGGUGGUAAGAUGGUGUUAUUACUGAAGUGCCUUGUGGAUCUCCUUCCCUAAGGGUAUAGCUCAGUUACCCAUCCAGAGGAACCUGGGUUUUGUUCAGUAGGGCGAAAUGUUUUGAAAUGAAAAUUCAAAACCAUUGUUUUUCUUAUUGGACCAGGUCCAGGUAGGCCCUCCCUGUUCGAGUCGGUUUUAUUUUAUUUUGAUGAACACAACCCUGAUGAACACAACCCUGAUGAACACAACACUGAUGAACACAACACUGAUGAACACAACACUGAUGAACACAACCCUGAUGAACACAACACUGAUGAACACAACCCUGAUGAACACAACCCUGAUGAACACAACCCUGAUGAACACAACACUGAUGAACACAACACUGAUGAACACAACACUGAUGAACACAACACUGAUGAACACAACCCUGAUGAACACAACACUGAUGAACACAACCCUGAUGAACUCAGUAUUUCUUUCUAAUGAACACAACCCUGUUAGCCUUGGCUGUGUUACUGUUGGCUGGUACUGAGAAUGAAAGACCAGUCUUGAUCCAUUAUGCUAUAUCUGUGUAUCCUUCCUACUAUUCACACAGAACCUGCUUUAAACUGAACUGUGCAGCCUGUGAUAAGAGUUCUGUUUGGGGGGGGCGCUUAUGUGUGUUUUUAGUUAAUUAUUUUACAAGGGAAAUGCUUAUCGAAGGCCCUUAUCUUAUUUUGUCCAAUGCAAGGCCUGAGGAUUGAAUCAUGACCAGUACAGUAGGUAUGUGUCAGAAAGGCCUGAGGGUUGAAUCAUGACCAGUACAGUAGGUAUGUGUCAGAAAGGCCUGUGGGUUGAAUCAUGACCAGUACAGUAGGUAUGUGUCAGAAAGGCCUGAGGGUUGAAUCAUGACCAGUACAGUAGGUAUGUGUCAGAAAGGCCUGUGGGUUGAAUCAUGACCAGUACAGUAGGUAUGUGUCAGAAAGGCCUGAGUGUUGAAUCAUGACCAGUACAGUAGGUAUGUGUCAGAAAGGCCUGUGGGUUGAAUCAUGACCAGUACAGUAGGUAUGUGUCAGAAAGGCCUGUGGGUUGAAUCAUGACCAGUACAGUAGGUAUGUGUCAGAAAGGCCUGAGGGUUGAAUCAUGACCAGUACAGUAGGUAUGUGUCAGAAAGGCCUGAGGGUUGAAUCAUGACCAGUACAGUAGGUAUGUGUCAGAAAGGCCUGAGGGUUGAAUCAUGACCAGUACAGUAGGUAUGUGUCAGAAAGGCCUGUGGGUUGAAUCAUGACCAGUAUAGUAGGUAUGUGUCAGAAAGGCCUGUGGGUUGAAUCAUGACCAGUAUAGUAGGUAUGUGUCAGAAAGGCCUGAGGGUUGAAUCAUGACCAGUACAGUAGGUAUGUGUCAGAAAGGCCUGAGGGUUGAAUCAUGACCAGUACAGUAGGUAUGUGUCAGAAAGGCCUGAGUGUUGAAUCAUGACCAGUACAGUAGGUAUGUGUCAGAAAGGCCUGUGGGUUGAAUCAUGACCAGUACAGUAGGUAUGUGUCAGAAAGGCCUGUGGGUUGAAUCAUGACCAGUACAGUAGGUAUGUGUCAGAAAGGCCUGAGGGUUGAAUCAUGACCAGUACAGUAGGUAUGUGUCAGAAAGGCCUGAGGUUGAAUCAUGACCAGUACAGUAGGUAUGUGUCAGAAAGGCCUGAGGGUUGAAUCAUGACCAGUACAGUAGGUAUGUGUCAGAAAGGCCUGUGGGUUGAAUCAUGACCAGUAUAGUAGGUAUGUGUCAGAAAGGCCUGAGGGUUGAAUCAUGACCAGUACAGUAGGUAUGUGUCAGAAAGGCCUGAGGGUUGAAUCAUGACCAGUACAGUAGGUAUGUGUCAGAAAGGCCUGAGGGUUGAAUCAUGACCAGUACAGUAGGUAUGUGUCAGAAAGGCCUGAGGGUUGAAUCAUGACCAGUACAGUAGGUAUGUGUCACAAAUGAAACCCUAGUCCUAACAAAGUGCUCUACUGUUGACCAGGGUCUAUGGUCUCUGGUUGAAAGUAGGUCACUGAGUGUACAAAACAUUAGGAACACCUGCUCUUUCCAUGACAGACUGACCAGGUGAAAGCUAUGAUCCCUUAUUGAUGCCACUUGUUAAAUUCACUUGCACAUGGAUUGUGUGCCAUUGAGGGUCAAUGGGCAAGCAACAUAUUGAAAUGCCUUUGAACAGGGUUUGGUAACAGGUGUCAGGCGCACCGGUUUCAGUGUUAAGAACUGCCACAGCUUUCUGUGUGGAUUAAGAAAGGAGCCCCACUCAAAGGACAGCCAACCAACUUGACACAACUGUGGGAAGCAUUGGAGUCAACAUGUUUUAAUCUUAUUUUGGUCCAUUAUCAAUUGUUAAAGGGAAAGUAUGUUUUUAUAUCUAAAUUCUAUGCAUUUUAUUUUCUCAGUGUAUUUUCCAUAGAAUAAAAACAGUGCUCUGACAUGUAUAUAGCCACCAUGAAAUCAAGUGGGAGUGGGGGUUUAUGUAUAUCUUUCUUUCAACGGGAUACUUUUGAACUAUUCAAUAAUGGUUUAGUGAUUAAACUGACACUUGUGAAAUAUUA